AUGAUAAAUUUGAAAAUUUUUUUUCUAUAUUCAGUAAUUUACAUAUUAUGUAUAUUUUUUUCUAUAAUUAAUUCAACAAACUUUAGUUCAAAUGAAGAGUAUAUAAAAAAAAGAAAUGUAAAAAGAUCAAUAGAAGAAAUAAAUAAUUUGAAAUAUGAUAAUGAAAUAUUAGAUAAUUUAUUAACAAACAAUAGAAAAAAAAGAAACUUAAAAAUAAAAGUAGGAAAACAUAAAUGGACUUCACCAAUAAAUUUAUAUUUUUUUUACCCAUUAAAAAAUUAUAUGGUAAAAAAAGCAACAAAUAUUCUUGAAAAAUCAACAUGUUUAAGGUUUAGAUAUGUAAACAAUUUUAAUCAUUUUAAAGAAGGUAUUCAACUUGUUGCCUCAUAUGACUGUAAUAGCCCCUUAGGAAAAAUUUUCGAAAAGGGUUGGCAAAAAAUUGAUAUUGGAAUUGAAUGUAAUAGUGUUGGAGGAAUUUUACAAAUGCUAUUGCGUACAUUGGGAGUAAUUUAUGAACAUAAUCGGGUUGAUAGAAAUUUUUAUGUAAAAAUCUUUCAGGAAAAUGUACAUUUGACUGAUAAAAAAAAAUUUAGAAUAUCCAGAACUACUGCAAUUGACAAUUUUCAUUUACCUUAUGAAUAUGGAUCAUUAAUGCAUUUUGGAAUGUACAACUAUAGUGAUAAUAAAUUAAAAACAUUGAUUGUUAAAAUCCCUUUGUAUGAAAAUACCAUAGGACAACAGGAAGAACUUACUUUUAAUGAUAUCAAAACAUUAAAUUUGUAUUAUUGUUCCAAUAUAUGUAAAAUUAAAAUCAGAUGUAAAAAUCAUGGAUAUCAAAAUCCAAAUAAUUGUAAUAGAUGUAUAUGUAUUGAUGGAUUUGAGGGUGAUCAAUGUGAAUAUUACAAAUUAUUAAGAGGAUGUGGUCCGAAUUCAAUGAGAAUUACCCGUCGACCUUCAUUUCUCAGAAUAUUUGGAAAAAAAAGUUGUUUUUUUCAUUUGAGAGCAAAUAAAGUUAAAAAAAUUAAAAUCACUAUUUUAAAAAUGCAAAUGAAAUCUACAUAUUUUUUAACAUGUUUACCAAGUAACUCAAUUGAAAUUAAAUAUUGGAAAGAUAAAAGUGUAACGGGUGCAAGAUUUUGCCACCAAAGGUUUCCUAAAAUUAUUAUAUCAUCAAAUAAUUAUGUCAUUCUACAUUAUAAUAGUAAUGAUCCUACUAACUAUGUUUACAUGUAUUUUAAAGAUACAUCUUAA